CGUUGUUUCCGAAUCAAAACGUGUUGCGAACAGCAGAGUAACGUUACUGAGAGUAGCAGACUGCCGAGAGAACAGCUUUGUAGCCUUAACUACUCGAACGUGUGAUAGUCUACCCAGCAACGGGAUGGAGGCCCAACCAGAGGAGACGGCUUUGGUACCGGAGGUUCUUCAGAGCUCAGCAGAGACACACGGAGAGGAACUGGAACUGAACAACGGUACCAGUACCAGCACAGCUGAGACAGAACCUCAGGGACUGACCUCCGGGACCUCAGACAGCCGUUUACUGGGAGAGUUAACGGGAGGAGCAGAGGAGAUGGAGGUUACAGAGAAUCUCAGCUCUGUCUCGGGCUCCGAGCUGGGAGAUGGAACCACACACCUUCCCCAGGACCUCUCCCAGGACCUCCCCCAGGACCUCUCCCAGGACCUCCCCCAGGACCCCUCUCAGGACCUCCCCCAGGACCCCCCCCAGGUACUGCUGACGCUACAGGACGGUGUCAGGGACCAGCAGGACAGCAGCAGCUCCUCCUCAGACAGUGAUUCAGACUCCUCUUCCUCCGGUGUGACGCUGGCUGUUGUGUUAGGUCAGGCAGAUGAAGAUGACGAUGACGACGAAGGCUUCAGUCGGGCAAGGAAACCCUGUUCCAUCAAAACCCUGGAUGAGAUCCUGCCUGAGGAGUUGCCUGCUGUCGAGGAGUUGACGGUUGUUCUACCAGAGGAGGCGGAGAUACUGCCCCUAGGAUCAGUCACCAGUAUCAUCCAACAGCUGGUGAUCAUUCAGUCAUUGAAGGACACGCCCCCUCUGAAGGACGACAGCGUCAUCUUCAACUCUGAUAGGCUGGCCGUGGGCAAGGUAUUUGAGGUGUUUGGGCCGGUCUCCAGUCCCUUCUAUGUGUUGAGGUUUAACUCAGAGAGUGACAUCGCAGAGAGAGGAGUGAAGCUGAAGGACUCCAUGUUCUACGCCCCAUCUCUCACCGACUACACCCUCUAUAUCCUCACUGAGCAGCUACGACGGUUGAAAGGCUCCGACGCCUCCUGGAAGAACGACCAGGAACCACCACCAGAGGCGUUAGACUUCAGUGAUGAUGAGGCAGAACAGAAGAUGAAAAGGAAGAAGAAGAAGGGGAAUGUUCAGAAGAGUGAGAGAGAAAGAGGACAGAGAGCUGACCAACAACCAGGUCAGAGACACAACAUACACUGUCCCGUCCCCUCUCAGAGAGCUGACCAACAACCAGAUAGAGAUUCCGUCACCAGACCACAGAUGUCCCAGAGGCCUUUGCAACAGAGUCGUCCACCCCGCCGUGACAACUGGGGUCCCCCACCCCGAUACGAAGGGGCUCCGUACUACACACACCAGCCCCACUACCCCUACCCUCCCCCUACCAGCCCCAGUCCUUCCCCCUCUAUCCUCCCCUCCUCCCCCAACAUGUCCUUCCCCUG